UUCAGGCAGAGAGGGCUGUGGAAAAAAAAAAAUAGCUGCGAGGGUAGAAGUAAACAUGGAGCUCUCAGCCGUCGGGGAGAGGGUCUUCGCCGCCGAAUCCAUCAUUAAACGGCGCAUUAGGAGGGGACGGAUGGAGUAUCUGGUCAAAUGGAAAGGCUGGUCUCAAAAAUACAGCACUUGGGAACCGGAGGAAAAUAUUCUAGAUGAGCGCCUUUUCGCGGCUUUUGAAGAGAGAGAGCGUGAGAGGGAACUAUUCGGGCCAAAAAAGAGGGGACCCAAACCUGAAACGUUCUUGUUAAAGGCAAAAGCUAAAGCUAAAGGCAAAAACUACGAGUUGAGAGAGAUUUCUCAAGGUAUUCAGGUGUCGUUUCCGGUCGCAGAGCCGGUUGUGACGCCUAGAGCACGCGAGGGACUACGGACAGUCGUGCCAACCAUUUUUCCACCGAGCACCGUCAAUAGAGGCGAAAGUGUUCGCGUCCGACCUCCAGACCCCGAGAGAAACCCGCUGACGCCUUCGUCGGCAGCACAACGCCCUUUGGAUUUUGCCAAUUCGCCGAAAAAGCGAGGACCAAAACCAAAAUUGCGUCCCACCUUGGGUCUAACUGGAGGUUCAUCUACUGAAAGCGUUAAAAGAAAAGCAGAUGAAUCGUUGUCUUACAGGCCUUCCAAAAUGGUGAAAUCGGGAGAGGCAUCUAACAGUGACAUUAUGCAUUUAUCGCAGAAGUUCCAAGCGGAAUCGAGCAAUGUUAAAAAGCAAAUGGGAAGUAGGUCGGGUGAGAAAAAUUUCAAACUUGGUGGCAACAUCAUGAAACCAGGGGUUGAUAUUUUGGGACAUCGAUCGAAGGACAGCUUUAGUGGUGCCAUACAUCAUAAACCCAAGAUAAAACAACCUAAAAGUAAUUUAUUUCGACCCGAUCAAACCAGGGAGCAACUGCCAUUGAGUUUUGUAGACGAAACAGACGAGUCCUGGUUGCCCUGUUUGAAGAACAUGGAGAAAAUCAUCGUUACUGAUAUAACAAAUAAGUCUUUGACUGUGACCAUUAAAGAGAGCUCAACUGACAAAGGUUUCUUUAAAGAAAACAGAUGAUGUCAUUUUACUUUUUGUAUAAGUGAAUUAUUGUACUCCAAAUAGAAACAGCCUACAUUUAUAAAUAAUUUCUAGUCUGUAACUGUACAGUAAAGACUUGCAAUCAUGUACAUAAUGCAUAUAUAUAUAUAUAUAUAUAUAUAUAUAUAGUCUAUGUUUAGCUUUCAUUUUCAUUCAAAUUUUCUAUGAAAAUGUAGUUUAUUUUUCUAUUUCCCAGAUUUAAGUUGAUACGAUCUUUCCUUUUUGUUGCCGUUUUCAGCUUUAUAAUGAAUGUAUACAUAGAUGCUAACACAUAUUAACAUUUCUACUAAAUGCACCUUUUUAGAGGACAUAUGGUCCCACUUUUUAUGAAUAUAUUUUGUGUUGUUUUUUUGUUUUUUUUGGUCAGAUUUUGUAUAUGUUUGGUCUAUAAAAAAAGGAAGUCUGUAUUAAAGCACAACCUUUAAAAAAAAAAAAAUAAAUAAAUAAAUAAAAAAAAAGGGAAAUAAGUUACAUAGUUAGGCCUUAGUAUUUAAGGCACCAGCAUUUAAGAUUUAAGAACUUAUUUCCUUUUUUUUAAUGAACAUAAAUUGGAUGAAUUUCCCUAAAGAAAAAUCAAUUAAAGAAAAUAAUUCUGUAAGAAAUGGUCGAUAAAGGUACAAAAAAUGUGUUCUUUAAAAUUAUUAUAAAGUAAAUUAUAUUUACCUACAUAUUAAACUGUUUAGAGUAAACAAGAGUUCAGAGUUUGACAUCUGGAGUAUUCUAUAGACAAAUAAUCUCCAUUGUGAUUGGAUCAGUCAGUGUGAGCCCACUUUGAACAUUUUUCAGAACACAUCUAUUCCCCCCCAUUUCAGAAAAACAAUGUGUUUUAUAUGGGCCUUUAGUUUGACAGAGAUGUGUAUCGAAGUCUACAAUCUACUUAAAAAUAAAUAUUUAUUUUAGCUUUAUCUAGGAGCCUUUUUUCAUUAUUGAGGAUAAACCUAUUUACACAAUGAUUGAAAAUAUGAAAUUGCCCAAAAGCAAAUAAAUAGACUGAUUUUCACCCAUGAACAA